AUGCUCCGCAGCCUUCUCGACUUCUGUCUCGGUAGACGACAGGCGUACAGCUAUUCUGACGACCAAGCCGGGAGAGAAUCCCUGGACGAGUGGGUCUGCCUCGGGGAUUUAGCUUCGCCCACAUCUGCGCUUGCGAGCGUAGCCCCAGUGCGAAAGAAAAGCAAGUGGGAGGAUCUGGAUCAGCAGGAGGAUGAGGACGAUCUACAAGCUGCUCAAGCCAAGGCGCUCGAACGGGAGCUCAAGAAGAAAGCUAAGCGGGCUGCCGCUGCUGCUCAAGCUGCCCGCGAGCGUCCCUCCAAUCUUGCGCCCACGCCUGCUUCGCCACAGCCCGUAGCUUCGACUUCGCAUACUCUCAGACGAGAUGAUGAUGGCAGCGAAGGGCCCGUCAGAGUGAGCAUCAAGGGCAAAGCACGUGCGACAGAGCAAGAGAACCUCAACCAAGCCAGAUUACGCGCCAUCAGGCAGCGACAUCCCGUCCUUGCGGGCAGUCGGAGCGUCUACUGCUACGAACGCCUCAAUCAUAUCGAGGAAGGCAGCUAUGGCGUCGUAUCGCGAGCUCGGGAUAAGGCCACAGGCGAGAUUGUUGCCCUCAAGAAGCUCAAGAUGGACCAAGAGAAGAACGGCUUCCCGGUCACAUCCCUGCGUGAGAUCAAGACGCUCCUCGCCUGUUCAGCUCACGAGAACAUCGUUCGUGUGCGCGAAAUCGUCGUCGGCGACACAUUGACCCAGGUCUUCAUCGUCAUGGACUUCAUAGAGCACGAUCUCAAGACACUCUUGUCAACGAUGAAGACACCAUUCCUCGCGUCCGAGAUCAAGACACUCAUGCUCCAGCUCCUCUCGGCUUGCCAAAUGUGCCAUGAUAACUGGAUCGUCCAUCGAGACCUCAAGACAAGCAAUCUUCUUAUGAACAACAGAGGUCAAAUAAAAGUCGCCGACUUUGGACUCGCGCGUACUUACGGAGAGCCGCUUGGAGAUAUGACCCAGCUCGUAGUGACGCUUUGGUACAGAGCUCCGGAACUCCUUCUGGGCACCGACGACUAUUCGACUGCUGUCGAUAUGUGGUCUGUCGGUUGCAUCUUCGGCGAGCUCAUCCUCAAGGAGCCUCUUCUGCCCGGUAAGGGGGAGAUCGACCAGAUCAACAGGAUUCUGCAGCUCCUGGGGAGGCCCACCGAAGAUAUGUGGCCUGGGUUCAGCAAGCUACCAAACGCAAAGGCGCUCAAUCUCGACGCAGUACAACCGUUCUCUAAGCUACGGGCCAUAUUCAAGUACACGACCGAAGCUGGGCUGGAUCUGUUGUCAAAAUUGCUGCGCUACGACCCGAAGCAACGUAUCACGGCGGAAGAAGCACUGAAGCAUCCUUAUUUCAGUGAAUCGCCCUUGCCAAAGCAUCCAGAUCUUUUCCAGAGCUUCCCAUCCAUCGCAGGAGGCGAAAAAAAACGAGCAUUCGCAAGUCCCUCAGCCCCAACAAGGCAAGCCGACAAGGACCAGUUUGAUCUCGUGCAUGAUUUCGGUGGUCCUUCUGAUCGCUUCCCAAGAGCUGAUCAGGUACAAGUGCGACUGAGUCAGACCGACGUCAACAGGCGCGCGUGA